GUGCUACUGCAACGGCCGCCGCAAGCUGCAGGCUGAGGCAGACGCUGCCGCCCAGCAAGGCGAGGCAGGCGCCGCCGCCCAGGGCUCUGCCCUGUCAGGCCUGGCAAACUCAUUCGUCGCCACCCAGGCUGCCGCCGCCGCCGACAACGCCGCCAACGCUGCAAACCGCUGCAUGUGA